AUGGAGUUCACUGUGGUGACGGCUGCCAACCUCCCGCCCAAGCCGGUGCUAGCCAUUCAUGUCGGCAACGUGCGUAGGCAGAUCAAGCUGGAGGUCAAUCACCCCUUCGUGCUGCCGGAUCCUGGUGUGAAGCCAGCCCAUGUAGAGGCCCUUUACGAGACACUGCCAGUGCAACGAAGUGUCGUUCGCGUCAUUGAAUCGGCUUUGAGAAGAAAACAUGGAACCACAUUCACCUGA